AUGGCGGAUCUAAGGGAAUACUGCAAAUAUCAUGAAUAUUUAGGAGUGGACAGAUGUCUUCUUUACAGUUUACUGUUGUGUGACAAGUACACUGCUAAUGUAAAAGGAGAGGCGUUCAAGUCAAUAGUGAUAAAGAUACGAGAAAGGUAUUUUAAAAAGAUUUCUCUGUCUGAUAAUGUUGAUGUGACAUCCCUUCAGCGUGAUGUCAAGAAAACACAUAAUGGUGAGGCAACGUUUAUAUCAGACGACAUCCGACAUGACGUCAUGUACGCCUUUGUUACGGAGUGUCUGGUGGAGGACAGUGAUCUGGAGUUUUUCCUGACCACGGCGUCACGUGACGUGAUAUCACAAUACUGCAGGUCCUGGGGUUACAAAAGGAGUGAGGGAGAGAAAUGUCUGUAUGUACCGAACGAACCGGAGAAGAUGUACUACCUCUUCAUAGAGAAACUACAGCUGGACAUCAUCUCACACUGUACCGUGUCUGACCGGGAGAUUCAUAUCAGGAUCAGUCAACGUUUUAGAGUCCCAGAGGAAAUACUAGUGUGGGACAAGGAAGCCAGAGAGCGAUAUAUGGAGUACGCUAAGAGAGGAACACAGACAGUCCACCACGCCCGGGGGAUGAUUGUAGGAUGUGCUGGGGCGGGGAAAACUACGCUCCUUAAACGUCUGCUAGGAUGCAGUGAAGAAGAUAUUAGAGAUAUAAAAUCUACAGAGGGAUUGGAGGUUCAUGAGGAAAUAUGUGAUAUAUGUGAUGAAACAAGAUCAUUAAAAGCAAGGAAAAGCCAGGAGAAUCGUGAAAAAGUAAAUACUACAAAUGUUGACUCUAAGACUCUGACAUUCUUUGACUUUGGAGGACAGUGUGCGUACUACGCCUGUCACCAGAUUUACCUGACCAGGAGAGCUUUCUAUGUUGUGGUGUUGGACGCCUCUAAACGUCUUGACCAGAAGGUGGAUAAGGCAGUGUGUGAUCAAGAUGGUAGCGUGUUCUCUGGUUGGACCUAUGGAGACUACUUUGUGUUCUGGAUAAAGUCUAUACACACAUACUGUGGUUCUGACAAACAAAAAGAUACAAAACCCACAGUUAUAAUUGUUGCAACACAUUGGAAAGAAGACAUCAGAAAGUUUAGGGAUAAAGAGGAACUGAUUGAGCGCUUGCACCGUCAGUGUCCAGAGACAUCUUAUUUACCACAGUACGUCACAAAGGAAAACGUUUAUUGUACCGACGUUACUUUACCUCUCCAUGAUUUAGAGACUUGCUUCUUCAACAUAGCUUCCGAUAAACGAUGGAACGAGAGCAUUCCAAAAGAGUGGUCCUUCUUUGGAUUAGAAAUUAACCAAAAAAAACACUCAGAGCGGAUCUUAAAGAUUUCAGAAAUAACAACGAAAGUACCAGAGAUUAAAGAACAGGCAGAUUCAUAUAAAGCUAAAAAGGAAACACAAGAUAUGCUGCGUUAUUAUCAUGAUGCCGGAAAAGCUUUAUAUUUUAAUGAAAAUGGUCUGGAGGAAAAGGUUAUAAUUGAUGCUCAAUGGUUUAUUGACGCCUUCAAACAUAUCAUCACAGACAAACUACAUUUCGCAGGUAUUCCUGUAAACCAAAGGGACUGGGAUGAAUAUUACGUGACUGGAAAUUUGCGAGACAAGCUUCUGACAGAGAUCUGGAAACAUAAAGAUGAAAAGUUGUCUAAAAAGCUUAAGGAAGAUGAUGAAAAUCACAAAAUUAAAGGCGGAUCAUAUGAGAAAGAUAAACGGUAUCUGCAAUGUCAUAAAAAAUCAAUUAUUAAUUUUAUGCAAAGACUCGGUUUGUUGGCCGUUGGUUCGGAAUCUCACUACAUUCCGUGCAUGAAUCGUAAGGAAAUAGAAAAAGAACUCCCAGAUAUCAUCAAGGAAUCGGAAAGUAAAUCAUCUGUCCUUGUUUAUCAAUUUGAAUUUCUGCCAUUUUUCUUGUUUUACCGUCUUGUUGUUGCUUGUAUGCAAGAAGAUGAUUGGAAAGUACUAAAAAAUGAUAGCACAUCUUGCCUGUACAGAAACGCUGCUUUGUUUAGGAAUCGUGAAUACAACAUCGUUUUGUCUGUCACUAAAGAUUCUAUACAACUUCAAGCAUUUCAUCCGGUGGCAGGAUACUUUUUGGAAAGAGAAAAAGUAUGCACAAUUCAAAAAAGAAUAGAAGAAAUAUUGGAAAAUCUGUCAGGAUCAUUUUACAGAAGAAUACAGUUUGUUAGAGGCUUUAGAUGUCGAACCGACGACACAGUGGCAAUUGCAAUGGAUAUUAUGAAACAUUUUUUACCGGAAUCAGAGAUUCGGAAAGAAGACCGUAAAAUAAUGUGCCCUUUGCAUUCAGUCACUGAUCGGCAUAUUAUCGAUAUCACUGUGUUAACUAGAUAUUGGGAUUUAAAAAGUAAAUAA